GACUCUGCCGGCGGAAGAGAUGCAGUAGCGUCACGGGCGCCCAGCCCCUUAAAACGCUGCUGGUUGGAGCCACCUCCCUCCUUGCAGCCCGCUGGGGGGAUGGAGUAAAGGAGACCCAUCGACCCGCCAGUGGAACCGGCAAUGGAGUUAAAGCAAUCCUUGUCCGCCCACCUGGAGGCUGAAAAGCCGCUAAGGCGCUAUGGGGCCGUGGAGGAGACGGAGUGGAAAGCAGAGGGACUGGGGAGAAAUCAACUUGACAUCAUUUCCAUGGCUGAGACAACCAUGAUGCCGGAGGAGAUUGAGUUGGAGAUGGCAAAAAUUCAGCGUCUUCGGGAAGUCUUAGUCAGAAGGGAAUCAGAACUCAGGUUUAUGAUGGAUGAUAUCCAACUGUGCAAGGACAUCAUGGACCUUAAGCAAGAGCUGCAGAAUUUAGUCGCCAUUCCAGAAAAAGAAAAAACUAAACCGCAAAAGCAGAGAGAGGAUGAAUUGAUCCAGAAGAUCCAUAAAUUGGUGCAAAAGAGAGACUUCCUGGUGGAUGAUGCAGAAGUGGAGCGAUUACGGGAACAAGAAGAAGACAAGGAAAUGGCAGAAUUUCUGAGAAUCAAGUUAAAACCUCUAGAAAAAGUAACCAAAUCUCCAGCCAGUUCUCCAGCAGAGAAGAAGGCAGAACCCCCACCUACUAAGCCUACAGUUGCCAAGACUGGCAUCGCACUCAUUAAGGAUUGUUGUGGGGCCACCCAAUGCAACGUUAUGUAGCCCCUGGAGGGCUCUCCUUCGGCCUUGGGGCCACCCCACCUUCUUAUCUUCAUAGCCCCCAUUUCACCGGGGCCAAAACAAAACAACAACAAAAAAAAACUUUGCAAGGCAGAAGGGAUCAAAGGCAACCCUAAUUCUGCCACUAGGGCCAUGGGCGUGGUGGGGCCCAGCCGUCAUGUACAGAGUGUAGCAAUAGGGAGUCCCUCACUGUUGCAUGGCCCUCCCCACGCGCAUGCCGAAUACAGGAGUUAUGUAUAGCAGUUUAUCCAACCAUUGGGAAAGAGCUGUCUUUUUAAGAAGAAAAGUAUAUAUACAUAUAUAUAAUCCCAUUGUGCAAACAAGCUGGGAGAGGGGCAUGUUCCCCAAGUGUGUACAAUUGUGAUUUUUAACAAUUUAGCACUUUAUAGGACUAGUCCCAUGCCCCUUAUCUCGUUGAAACUGCCCCACCUCCUGUUUCCCACCUUGCCCUUACUUGGGCUCUGCCAGUGCACCAGAUGAUAGGGGCUGCAAGAAGCCAGCACCGUUUCUCCAAUCCUAUAGUAAUGGGAACCCCAAAGUCAGCCCCUAGACUGUGGGCUUCUUGGAUCAGUGAAGAAAGGCACAAGAGGGCACGGCCCCUGCCAUUGCUGGCCAUUUGGCAUCUUCCCAGGUGUCGUUUGAGUGCUGUUGUGGUCAAUCUCUGCUCUCACAUCAUGUGUGUGAGCCUGGGUCAGCCUUCCCAGCCUAAGUCUCUCACUAGAGCUCAGGUCCCCCUUCUUAUAUUCCCCAUGAAGGCCAUUCUUUGUGGGCACCACCUAUCUGUGUUUGGCCUCAGCCAGAAUAGUCAAGCCAAGGAGAACAGCUAUACAUGGUUCUCCUGGGCCUAAAUUAAUUCUAGAGAGCUGAGCAAGGUCAGAGGUGAGGAGGACACAAAAUAAAGGACUGGGGGAGCCCUCUACACUUGCCAGCAGGUCACCAGAGAAGCUGCCAUGAGUGUGGCUGCCUCAACAGCUACAUUUGACUUCUUGAGGAACAAGAGAGCGCCAAUGGAUGGGAGAGUCAGCUUGACCCAACGUCUGUGUUCCACUGUGCAGUGGCUUAUUUUAAUCAGUCUGCCAAUUCAACCCAUGUAAAUCUCUUUGUACAUUUGCUAUAGCCAGCAGGGCGCGGUUUGUGCAACAUCUCUGUGUGUGUGUGGCCUAAAUAGUUAUGUGACUCAAGACUUGCUGAUGUCAAUCAUCCAUCUGGAAAAAAAAUAAUAAAAAUGCAAACAAUUGAGCUC